GAUUCUUUGAAUCUUUGGCCAGCACUACUCACGCGCACUUCUCACAACAUUAGAGCGUCGAAGGAGGGGCAAAUCAUCCAGAAUAUACCCCCUGUACCCAAGCAUACCAGCCGCAGGCUUUGGAGCAAUCCAGAAUUUUCACAAGUCUUGAAAGAUGCGAGUGUGUUUUUUGUGAAAUCUUUGCGCAGUCAUGCUUUUGCACAUCGAGGUCACUGGGAUGCUGCAGACGCUCCUUUAAUCUUCAUCCCGCACCUUCAGAUGCACAGCAUGUCUCUUAGUGCUGUGCUUUUAGGGCAUUAGGAAAGCACCAGAGUAUCAAAGGAUAUCUUUUUAAAUCUCUCUCUGAUUGUGCAUCCGGUGUUGUGUGCGCAAUCAUGUCUGCGCCUCCUCUUCAUCACCUCAUCAUAGGCUCCUCUCUUAUGCUCAUCACAAUAACUAAUGGUCUUAAUGGCAGUACAACACCUCUGUCUAGCUCCUCUGCUUCAUUUCAAUCCAUCCCGGAUGUAUCUGUUGGUCUGGAGGAACAUGAUGGUAUGCUUCGGGAUGCUGAAAAUCCUGCCGUGUCUGGUUUGGUAGAAAGUUCCCAGGAGAGUUCUGGGUUCUUCAGUGAAGACAGUGAGGAGAAUAAGGUUCCUUUGGCAUUGCGGAAGUUGGAUGCUCAAGCAGAGCUCAACUCCAGUUUGGAUGCAGAUUCUUUGAUAGGUUAUAAUCCAUCCUCCAAUCGUCCUUCGUCUCUCACCCUUCGCAAGGCUCCCAAGAAGCUUAAUUUCUCCUCAUCUUUCUUCCUUCCUGAGGUUAAAUCUUCAGACCCAGAACAAUGGCAGCAGGAGUUUGAGGCCAGUGGUUUUCCAGCUCAUUCUUCCUCUUCAGUGUCUACCACAGCUGCAGCACCGCCUAUACACUCCUCUGUCACUGAUACACACUCCUCUAUCACCGAAUUAACGGCUGGGUUCUUUGGCCCAAUCAGCCCAUUGUCUGAGGCCACAGCUGGUGCUGACAGCCCUAAGGAGGACUUUGACGAUGGAAGUGAGAACAUCCUCACCCAAGCACCCACCAUUCCAGAAAUAUGGAUGUUCCCUAGCCAAGUGCCCUUACAUCCUGAUGAUUCCCACCAGAAUGACUCAGAGGAACAGGAUGAAAUUGAGGAGGUUGUGGCAUUCCCAACUGAGAUAGAUGGACAGGAGGUAGAUGUUUGGAAGCCACCUUCAUCAGCAGAUUUGGACACGCCUGUUGUGGCCUUCACUGAGACAACCUGGCAUGAAGCAGAUGAGGAGGAGGAGGAAUCCGAGGAGUCUGAACUUCGUCAUGGAGGCACUGAUUAUUUGUCAGAGACAGACCUGCAUGGUUCCCAAGAAGCAGUGCAGGUAAUUUGUGUUGACUGGAGUGAUCUGGCAGGAAAAGGCUAUGUCAUCCUCAACAUGUCAGAGGAUUAUGAUUGCGAAAAGUUUCGUGUGGAGAAUGGUGACAGGCUGCUGGAGAUGCUGGAGAGCACAUUCUCCAGGAAGAUGAACAGUCCUCAGGGCUCGUGGCUCAUCUCGCUUAGCAAACCCACCAAACAGGAACACCAGCUUCUGAUGACGCUUGCCAAUGAUCAGGGUGUCAUUGCUACUAAAGAGGUGCUGUCAAUGCUGGGAGAAGUAAGAAGAGGACUAUAUGAGAUCGGCAUUCAGAACUUCUCCAGCGUGAGCACAUGUCACUCCAGACCCAGCCAGACGCGCAGCGAUUACGGCAAAUUGUUUGUCGUGCUGGUGAUCAUAGGCUCGGUGUGUGUGAUUAUCAUUGCAUCCGGGCUCAUCUACAUCUGCUGGCAGCGCCGCCUUCCCAAAAUGAAGAGCAUGUCACGUGGCGAGGAGCUGCAUUUUGUGGAGAACGGCUGCCAUGACAACCCCACGCUGGACGUGACGAGCGACGGCCAACCAGAGCCACAGGAGAAGAAGCACAGUACCAACGGUGUGCCAGCAGGCACCGGGGCUUGGCAGGGCAUGCCGAACAAGUCGGGCAAAGACGAAGAAGACAAUCAGGAGGAGGAUACCCACCUCUAAUAAGGAGAAGAACAAAGGGAGAGUAAAAAAUGUGUUCAAAAUGUAAGGUAUUCCAUCAGGGCACAGAACACCAGAGCUUUUUCCUAACUACCUGCUGAAUAUUUAAAGUGAUUGUCUUUGGCUUGUACGGUCUUUUAUUUAUCUGCACCAGUGACAGCACGUUCAUAUUCAAUCAAUGUGGCGUGGGUUGAUUCUUAGUGCAAGCACAGAGGUAUCCGUAAACAUUUUAGUUCUAAUUGAGGAGUAUUUCGUUCCGGCCGCGAAUACUUACUAAUUAUCUUUAGCUAUGAAGAAACAUAUUGAAAACCUGCCAAAUUUCAUCUUCAGUAAGUCUUGCACUGUCGGAACUCCGCAGGAUAGCAGUAUUUCUUAGGAUCUUAAAGCAUUAUAAUGUAUUUCAACUGGCUAUUACAGUACACGCAUAUCCUGUUUUAUUUUGUAUGGAUGCAUCUAGUGCACUCUUUGAAGCAGUACAUUAGCGCAAUGUGUUAUAACUUGGUGAAGUUGCAGCCAACUGGCCUUGCUCUUUAAUCGCUUGUCGGAAUGGCCUCUCUACAAACGAGAUGUUUUUCAUUGUUCUUUGUGUUCAGUGUCAUCGUUAAGGUUCACGCCAGUGAGACCCCUACAUACAGAGCUCUCUCACAUGUAAAAAAAAAAAACAACAACCUUGCACUGCAUAGGGCUUAGAACAAGCAGUUAAUACUCAUUCUGUUUUUUUUAUGUCUAUCGUAAUGCCAAAAUGAAGGUAGAGCAAACAGAAUUGUUUAAAAAUAAGCAGUAUGAUUUCUGUGAUUUUCAAGGAAAACUCUACUAAUAAUUCGCCCUAAACCUAAUCCACUACAUCUCUAGUGUGUGUUUAAUUUACCAGAAACAAGAAUUUGGCCCAUUUUUCCUUGUACUAUGAAAAGUAUACCCCGUAUAAUCCACCCCGGGCUUGUUUUAUGUUGGGAGGAAACAAGUACAGAGUUACAGGUAGGAUUCAACAACUGCCCUUGAGUACAAUACAAGGUGAAAAAGUGUUGAAUUACUUUUCUGUGGUAAUGACUUCAGAUGCAGUGGGUAGUUAUUAGGUUGAAAACUCUAACCCUAACCCUGGCGUCUACCUUAAAGGAACGGUGGAGUUUAAACAAAAGCAAUUUCUUCAUGCCACACUUUAUUUAGAAUUCUAAGAGAGAAUAACUCCCUGUUGUUUACAGUACAGUCAUGUCAGUAGAUCUGGUAUUAACCUGGUAUGUUAGUCACACUUUAUUACCACAUAAACAAUGUAAAAUAGAGAUCGGUUACAAUGUCCUGAUGAUGGAAACAUUCAUUACAACAUGCAGAUCCCUUUCCUUACUGCACUGUGUUGUAAAGUCAUAUUUACAUCUUAAAUAAAAUGAUUAAUACAGGAAAGACAGAUAAAAUGAUUAAAACAGAAAAGACAGAUAAACCCUAAAGCCUUCAACCAAACCUGUAUGUACUUGCUUUAAAUUACAUUAAGAACCAAAAAUAUCUCAUUGUAAAAUGAACAAAAUGGGAUAUAAAGGAUAUCAGUAGCAGCUGUAGUAACUAGUUCCGUGGUUAAGACUGAUUGAAAGGUUGUGAGUUCAAAUCCCACCACUACCAGGCUGCCACAGUUUGGCCCUUGAGCAAGGCCCUUAACCAGUUGUAUAAAUGAAAUAAUAAAUAUGUUUACAAUAAAGAAAUGUUUGUUCCAAGCAGAAUUAUGUGAUCAUCUGCAUAAGAGUUUGGGUUUAAUGGAGCUGGAGAAAUGAUACCAAAUUCAAGAAACAGGUUCCAGCUGUCCAAGAUGGCUGCCUGAAUAAUUGUAUAGUGUUGAGCUACAUGGUAAAAGUUUUUUUUUAUAGACUACUGGAAACAGUGAUGGCUGGUUAUGGUAUUAGAUCUAAUCUAAUAUCUAUAAGUACCUUGAUAAUGAACCUACUAGGGAAGAAGCGUUUCCGACAUCUGUCCUUCCUUCCCUUGUGUAUUCACCUGACACAGCUAUUGACUGUAAUCAACCCCAGCCUUCGUUCUCAAAGCCGAAAAUAAUCUGCUUUGAGACAUUUGUGUACAGCAUUUAAUCUGAUGUGAAUUCCAAAUUAUUAAACAUCCGAUGGUUGUAAGAGGCAGUAAGUCGUGCUACUACUGAAGAACUCAUUUGAGGCAGAUACAUUCAGACAAGACUUUGGGUGAUAGACUCAAAAUACAUAAUGUUCUACAUGAGAAAUUAGAAUUAACUAAAGUCGAGUUUUUACAAAUCUGUGAGUAAUACUAUAAGAGUUAUGGCGUAAAAGUUUUUUUUUUGGUGAAAUCAUUUUAUUUAUUUGUAAAUAUGACUACACACGUUCAUGUUGUUUGCAGUGUUUCCAUACGUAACUUACCUUCAUUUACUCCAGUUGUGAUGUUACACUAUAAUAGUCAAUGUUUUAUUUGUACUAAGCCACCUACUCUAAUCUAUAUGACAGUUGACAAACAGUUUGUAUGUUAUGUACUGAUUUCAUGUGCAUGAUGCAGUUAUAUUAAUAUAUCCGAAGCACAUAUCAGAAGUUGACAGAGUUAAACCGUUCCAAACCGUGGUUAUUGCAAAGCUAGAUGUCUUGGAUAGUUCAUUAUUAUCCGUUUUCUGUAUUCUAUUACCUGCACUGAAAAAAACAAAAAACAAAAAAAAACAAACCAAAAAAAAAAGGUCACA